AUUUGAUUGUCAUUUGCUUUGUUCGAGUAAAACUCAACUUUCAGAUUUAGUACAGAAUUUUCGAUUCUUUUGUUAAAAUUUGUUUGGUAUGGCGGACGCAUUAUCUGCCAUUCCGGCGGCCGUGCUGCGAAAUUUAGCUGAUAAGUUAUAUGAGAAACGGAAAAAUGCUGCACUUGAGGUUGAAGGAAUUGUAAAGCAAUUGACAGCUGCUGGAGAUCAUGAUAAGAUUACUGCUGUUAUUAAUUUGUUGACACACGAGUUUGCUUAUUCGGCCCAAGCAAAUCACCGCAAGGGUGGGUUGAUUGGAUUAGCUGCAGCUACUGUUGGGUUGAGCGCUGAAGCUGCACAGCAUCUCGAGGUUUGGGUUAAUUUGUUGGUUUAUCAAAGUCAAAUUGUACCACCUGUGAUAAACUCUUUCUCUGAUCAAGAUAGCAGAGUUCGUUAUUAUGCUUGUGAAGCAUUAUACAACAUUGCCAAGGUUGUGAGAGGAGAGUUCAUUGUACAUUUCAACAAGAUAUUCGAUGCAUUGUGUAAGCUUUCAGCAGACUCGGAUCCAAAUGUACAGAGUGCUGCUCAUCUAUUAGAUAGACUUGUCAAGGACAUAGUGACCGAGAGUGAUCAGUUCAGCAUUGAAGAAUUUAUACCAUUGUUGCGGGAGCGCAUGAAUGUCUUGAAUCCCUAUGUCCGCCAAUUUUUGGUGGGAUGGAUCACGGUGCUAGACAGUGUUCCAGACAUUGAUAUGCUCGGUUUUCUUCCUGAUUUUCUUGAUGGUUUAUUUAAUAUGUUAAGUGAUUCCAGCCUUGAAAUCCGACAGCAAGCUGAUUCAGCACUUUCUGAAUUCCUUCAUGAGAUCAAGAACUCUCCGUCUGUAGAUUAUGGUCGGAUGGCUGAAAUACUUGUACAGCGGGCAUCCUCUCCUGAUGAAUUUACUCGUUGGACCGCAAUCACAUGGAUAAACGAGUUUGUAAAACUUGGCGGAGACCAGCUUGUUCCUUAUUAUGCUGAUAUAUUGGGAGCUAUCUUGCCUUGCAUAGCUGAUAAAGAAGAGAAAAUACGAGUUGUAGCUCGGGAAACAAAUGAUGAGCUCCGUGCAAUCAAGGCUGACCCAGCUGAAGGGUUUGAUGUUGGAGCAAUCCUCUCCAUUGCAAAAAGGCAGUUGUCUAGUGAAUAUGAGGCUACUCGAAUUGAAUCAUUGCACUGGAUAUCAGCCCUGUUGAAUAGACAUCGUUCAGAGGUAACCUUAAAUCAUCAGAAUACGUGCCUGUCCUUUCUGAAUGAUAUUUUUGACACACUUCUGAAAGCACUAUCAGAUCCUUCUGAUCAGGUGGUGCUCCUAGUUCUGGAGGUACAUGCGUGCAUAGCAGAAGAUCAACAUAACUUCCGUCAGCUUGUUGUUUUCUUAGUUCACAAAUUUCGAACAGAUAAUGCACUUCUAGAACGGCGCGGUGCUUUGAUAAUUCGCCGACUUUGUGUGCUUUUAAAUGCUGAAAGGGUCUACCGAGAAUUGUCCAAGAUUCUUGAAGGGGAAGCGGACCUGGAUUUUGCAUCUACAUUGGUCCAGGCUUUGAAUUUGAUUCUGCUUACUUCUUCUGAGUUGGGUGACCUACGAGAUCUUUUAAAGCUUUCGUUGGUUAAUGCUUCUGGAAAAGACUUCUUUCUUUCACUGUAUACCUCAUGGAGCCAUUCGUCAAUGGCCAUAAUAAGUCUUUGCUUAUUAGCACAGGCUUACCAGCAUACAAGUUUUGUAAUUCAGUCUCUAACCGAGGAGGAUAUUAAUGUCAGAUUCUUGGUUCAGCUGGACAAACUGAUCCACCUAUUGGAGACUCCAAUUUUUGCUUAUCUUAGAUUACAGCUUCUUGAACCUGGGAGAUAUAUAUGGUUGCUAAAAGCCUUGUAUGGUCUUCUUAUGCUACUCCCCCAGCAAAGUGCCGCCUUUAAGAUUUUGAGGACUCGUUUAAAGACAGUGCCUUCUUAUUCCUUUAAUACGGAGCAAGUCACUUUUGCAUCAUCUUCCAUUCAGACAAUGCAUAUUUCGGAGGAUGGUAACGUGAAUGAGGAUCCUGGUAACGAGCAUAAUGGAAUAAACUUUGCAUCUUGGCUGCGAACGUUUAAACAGAUACAACAGCAGCAUCGCGUUUAUUUGAAAUCACAGGCUUCGUCACAGAGCAGUUCCAUAUCCUCAAAGGUGGUGGAGGUCAAAAAAUCCAAACAACCGAAAGGACCUUUGGGCGUGGCAGAUAGACCGCCUUCUAGAUUAUCCCGUAAAGGUCCUUGACAACUGCGGUGAUCUGCAACUACAGCCAUCGCUGUAUUUCUACAGCCAGGUUUUGGUAUAAAUUGUAAAUUGUACAUCACAAUUCAUCCUAGUAAUUUUGUCCAACUCACCAAGGUC